CACUUCAACUCUCUCUCUCUCUCUCUCGCGUGCGCACACACCCUCGCACAAGAUGCGUGAGAUCUUGCAUAUUCAGGGCGGCCAGUGUGGCAACCAGAUCGGUGCUAAGUUCUGGGAGGUUGUCUGCGCCGAACACGGCAUCGACGCCACAGGAAGGUACCAUGGUGAUUCCGAACUGCAGCUUGAGAGGGUCAAUGUGUACUACAACGAAGCCAGUUGCGGUCGCUUCGUUCCGAGGGCGGUGCUUAUGGACCUUGAACCCGGGACCAUGGACAGUGUGAGGUCUGGCUCUUUCGGCCAGAUCUUCCGGCCGGAUAAUUUCGUCUUUGGGCAAUCGGGUGCCGGAAACAACUGGGCCAAGGGGCAUUACACAGAGGGAGCAGAGCUUAUUGACUCAGUUCUUGAUGUUGUCAGGAAGGAGGCUGAGAACUGUGACUGCUUGCAGGGUUUCCAGGUCUGCCACUCCUUGGGAGGUGGAACAGGGUCUGGAAUGGGCACGCUGCUCAUUUCAAAGAUCAGAGAGGAAUACCCCGAUCGAAUGAUGCUUACUUUCUCCGUCUUCCCUUCUCCGAAGGUAUCGGACACUGUGGUCGAGCCCUACAACGCAACCCUUUCUGUUCAUCAGCUGGUUGAGAACGCGGAUGAAUGUAUGGUUCUUGACAAUGAAGCUCUUUACGAUAUAUGCUUCAGGACUCUGAAGCUCACUACCCCUAGUUUCGGCGACCUGAACCAUUUGAUAUCUGCGACCAUGUCUGGUGUCACAUGCUGCCUGAGAUUUCCUGGCCAGCUGAACUCAGACUUGAGGAAGCUGGCCGUCAACUUGAUUCCAUUCCCGCGUCUGCACUUCUUCAUGGUGGGUUUUGCCCCCCUUACGUCAAGAGGCUCUCAGCAAUACCGGGCUCUUACUGUGCCUGAACUUACACAACAAAUGUGGGAUGCCAAGAACAUGAUGUGCGCCGCGGACCCCAGACAUGGUCGGUACCUUACCGCAUCCGCAGUGUUUCGUGGCAAGAUGAGUACCAAGGAAGUUGAUGAACAGAUGAUCAACGUCCAAAACAAAAACUCAUCUUACUUUGUUGAAUGGAUCCCAAACAAUGUCAAGUCCACCGUCUGUGACAUUCCCCCUACAGGCCUGAAAAUGGCAUCGACUUUUAUCGGAAAUUCGACUUCUAUUCAGGAGAUGUUCCGGAGGGUGAGUGAGCAAUUCACUGCCAUGUUCAGGAGAAAGGCUUUCUUGCAUUGGUAUACCGGUGAAGGAAUGGACGAGAUGGAGUUUACAGAAGCAGAGAGCAAUAUGAAUGAUCUUGUUUCUGAGUACCAGCAGUACCAAGAUGCGACUGCGGAUGAGGAGGGAGACUAUGAAGACGAAGAAGAGGAGCUUGCAGAAAUGUAACAUGGUUAUAGUUCAUAGCUGGGUUUCUGCAACUCCCAGUUGCCUGCUUCAUGUGGAAGCGUUUUCAACUAGUAGAACUUGCUUUGUUAGCUAGGUGUUCCUAAUUAAGUUAAUUCCGACAUAUGUAACAAGUAGCAUAAGAAUACAGCAUGAUUUCUUUUUCUAUUUCCAGCGAAGACGUGGCAGUACGAGAUACUUGUUCAACAAUUGUUGUUGAAAUUUUAUUCUUUCUUGUUUCACUGGCUACGUACUGACUGUGUAUGAUUCACAUGAAAAUACUGUCUUUGCUGUUUUAGAUGUCGGCCAAUAUGCAAACAUAUGUAAUAUGCUCUUUAGUGGAUGAUUGUUGUUAGGAAGGAACCCUUCCUUUUCUAUC